GUAUUGCGUCAUCAUCGCACAGCAGUACGAGCGCCUCUGAUUGGCUGUUGUUGGCGGUGACCUGGCAACCGAGAGAGGGUUUACAGACGCUUAUUAUUCUGCAGGAUCUUCAGCUACAAACACGCAGAGCGCAGGUCGCGACUUUUUAUUGACAGCCAGUGAUUGCUUACCGAUACUAGCUGCUCUUUAUCCAUCUUCAGUGGGGAUGUCGACGCGAACGUUGCCUCUUCUCUUCAUUAAUCUGGGUGGAGAAAUGCUGUACAUCCUGGAUCAGCGCCUGCGGGCUCAGAAUAUCCCAGCAGAUAAAGCGAAGAAAGUUAUGAAUGAUAUCAUUACCACCAUGUUCAAUAAGAAGUUCCUGGAGGAGCUGUUCAAGCCACAAGAGCUGUACUCCAAGAAGGCCCUCAGGACGGUGUUUGACCGACUGGCUCAUGCCUCCAUCAUGAGACUCAACCAAGCUAGUAUGGACAAGCUCUAUGACUUGAUGACCAUGGCGUUCAAGUAUCAAGUCCUGCUGUGUCCUCGGCCUAAAGACAUCCUCCUUGUGUCCUUCAACCAUAUGGAUGCCAUCAGGGACUUUGUGAAAGACACUCCCAGCAUCCUCAGCCAAGUGGAUGAAACAAACAAACAACUCGUUGAGAUAUAUACCCCUUUAUCUGGUGGAGAGUUUCAACUAAUUAGACAAACACUCCUCAUCUUCUUUCAAGAUAUGCAUAUAAGAGUAUCAAUUUUCCUGAAAGACAAGGUACAGAACUCCAAUGGACGAUUCGUCCUCCCCACAUCAGGCCCUGUUCCGUAUGGGACGCACGCCCCAGGACUCAUGAGGAUGUUUAGCUGUAGUGGUGAGGAGGUGAGAAGGAUGCAGUUCCGCGAUGGGGGCAACUACAACACCGCUCUCCGUGAGGGAUCUUUUGAAAUGUAUGGUGAUCGAGUCAUCAAACUGGGCACAAACAUGUACAGUGUGAGCCGUCCUGUUGAAACACACAUGUCUGGAACCUCAAAAAACUCCUCACAACACACCAAGGUCAACACAACUCCGAAUCCUUUGGCAAAAGAAGAGUUGAACCUGCUUGCUAGACUAAUGGGAGGUCUGGAGGUGCAGAAUCCAGCCGGCACUGACUCUGGCUUCCGUGUUAACCUCUUCGCCACUGACGAGGAGGAAGAGGAGGCUUUGAUAUCAAGACCGGAUGAGCUUUCUUAUGAAGUUAUUAAUAUCCAGGCAACAAAGGACAAACAGACCAAUGCUGAGCUGGCUAAGAUCAUGGGAGAGUUCGGAGAGACGGGAGAACCUUCCCCCAGUUCCAGCAGCAAGGGUGAUGACCUCCUGGCCAUGAUGGAUGGACUGUGACUUAAACUUGGUGUUCCCUUUGACUGAUGAGAGUGACUGAGCAGUAAAACAGGAUAAAGUGCUACAAUGUUUUACUCAGUCAGCAAAGAGGCCUUUUGUCUGGAGCUACAGUGACAACCAUAUAUAUUCACAACAACGGCUAAGCUCGAUGAGAAAUUCUUUCUUUGAGAAUUUCGUGCAAUUUUUGUCUCCUGCCACCCACUAAAUGCGAGAAAUGCAAAUAGCAGGUGUAGAAAUGUGAUAUGCGUCUUGCUGUGGGACCAUAUUUACUUUUCCAUAUUCGUUCUGUGAAGUUAGUUUGGACCUACUGAGGCGGCACACUCCAUGCCAUCACAUACUUCAGCAAAUGGUUUGAUAUCAGUCUUCACAGUAGGGUCUGCUGGCAGUGUGGGCUUUGAUGCCGCAGACACUUCUAUGGCAUUUAGAUCAGUGGACCGAAUGAAACGCCUUUCCUAGACUAUCUUAGUUGUCUAAGAGGACAAUCUGUGCACAUGGAAUUCAUUUAAAUUCAUUUGAUGUGCAACCGAAAGGUGCGGGAUAUGUAUCCACAAAACAUGCGCUGCUUAAGACAGGGUAAUGGAGGAAACCGAAGUGCACUUGUGGUAAAUAUUGAGCACAGAUCCUAAAACUGGUUUACAGGAAGCCCCAGGACAAUUGGUGUAUGUUUGUUUUUGCCUUUAUUCAAAGGGAACGCAACAAAGUCAGGUAUUUCAAGAAAUUCAAAUAAAAUGUCUUAGAGUGUACAAUUGUUGCAUUAUAUGUUACAUGACAAUGUAUAUGUGAAACCAGCCACCUUCCAUGGAAAGAAAGCAAUGCAAUAUGUGUGGUGGAUGAAAUGGUUUAUAUUUUUCAUAAGCAAAAUAGAGCUUAUUUAUUGAAGUUAAUGUACUGUAUAUGAAUGUUCAUUUUUGCCUGUUUACUGUUUCAUUUUAUUGAAAUAGAUUUGAAUGUGAAAUAAAGUAGAUCUUUUUGCAAAUAA